AUGGCUGGAGAAGCGGCCGUCCGACGCGCUCCGCCGCUCGCUCCCGCUCUCGGGCUGGCGGCGGCGCUGGCGUCGGUCCACGCGCCGUGCGCCUCGCUCCGCGCGACGCUCGACGGCGAGAUUGCCGUCGAGCUCCUGCUGUGGCCGUCCGGCUCCGACGGCGAUCCGCUCCUCUUUAGCCUCACAGACUGCCAGGCGUCCGUGACGCUGCCCCUGCGCGCGGCGUCGGCGGAUGAGGCGCAUGAGUGGGCGAGCGCGCUUGCGUGCGCCGCCCGGCUCGCAAGCGAGGAGGCGUCGCCCUACCUGCCCUUCGAGGCGGGAGGCGGGCGGGCGUCCACGCGCAGCAGCAGCCUGCACACGCCCCACUCUGCCGGCAGUCCCUGCCGGCGGCAAGGCGCGGCCGCCUUCGAGGCGGCGCUCGAGGCGGUCUUCACGAGCGACUCGCCCGACUCCUCCCGCCGACUCCGACAUGUGUAUGUGCAGCCGCCGGAGGCGGACGUCUCGCAAGUGGCGGAUGGCGACCCCGUGCAGGAGAUCGCGGCGGGUUGCGGGACAAUGCAGGAGGUUGUGAGCUCGCCGGAGCAAGACGGCGCCCACCUGCUGCGCGACGGAUGGGCGCUUGGCACCGGCUUCCGCCUCUCGAAGGUUCCGUGGAGCCUCCGGGAGGGUUACAGGAAGGUGCUCGCCAUCGGCCUCGAGGUCUUCAAGGCGUCCGUCGACCGCAGGAUCGCCGAUGUCGUUCCGCCGUCUGCUGCGCUUGCGGCGGCUUGUGUCGCCGAAUCACUGUAG